AUGGAGGGCCAAGCAGUGGGACGGUUUUCAUUGAUGGAGUUAAAUAUCAAACUGCUCAGGAGGAUAGGUUUGUGGAAUGAAACCGAGAGCGAACGAUUUCCCAUACGAGGCCAGCUUGUGAUUGUGUUUAACAUGUUCUGGUUGAUCCCAAGUGCCGCAUAUUUUGUUACAUCGCAGGACGAGCUUACGCCCAUACUCAAGGCGGUUAAUGAGCAAAUCAUAUUCACUACGGCGUUCAGCAAAUUUUGCCUUUUUGCUAGUAACUUCCGUCAUUGGGAGCAAAUUUUCUACGAUGUGCAGCGCUGCUUCAACUUAGUGAUGCCUGAUCCUCACCAGGAGGUGCAGAAGAUCCUGAAUCGUGUUGUAAAAUGUUCGCACCAUCUUACUAAAUGGUACAGUCCAAUCGUGUUUUUUGAUACCAUGGUGUACGGUUUAGCUCCGUUCGUAUUGGUGCUGGUGAAAUAUGCCGCCACAGGAGUUUAUAAAAUUCCGCUUCCAACUCCAAUUCAAGCCAAUUAUUUUAUUCCAGGUUAUAACACAAACGUAUGGGUAUGGAUCCCUCUGAACAUCUUUCUGGGUCUCAUGCUGGCUUUACAAACAGUCGCUUUGGUUUUACUAGAGUGCUUUGUGUGGAAUUCAAUAUAUAGUACGAUCUGCUUGUUUAAAAUUCUCCAGAUAAAAGCUACAAGUCUUGUAGCCGUGAAUGACCAACAGCAGUGGGGCACUGACUUGAGCAAGUUUGUCAAUCUUCAUCAGUGCGCCUUUCGGUGUGCUUCUACAUUAGAAACGGCGCUUGGCACGCAGAUGUUAUUCCUGCACAUAGCAAUCAUUUUUUCCAUGUGUCUCAUGAUGACCGUGAUUACCAUCGCAUUUAAGGACAUGUAUCUUAUGUUUAUAAUGUUGGCUGUCCUCGUGUACUCGCUUUUCCAAAUAUUCUGUUUCUCCAUCCUGGGAACGGAGCUUACCGAGCAGAGUGCAGCAGUAAAUAACGCUAUUUUCCACAGCACCUGGUACCUUCAUGAGAAACAGCGCCAGCGUGAUCUUGCCUUCGUUCUGGUGCACUCGCAACAACCGGUCAAAUUGACCGCGGCUAAGCUCUUUACGGUAACACGGCAAUCCUUCAUGCAAGUUAUCAAACAGGCAUACACCAUGUUCACCUUGAUGUCGCAGUUCGUCGGAGAGUCAACGGAAUGA